UGGAACACGCCGAGCGUGCUGGGAGCCGCCAUGGCGGACGGUCCUGUGGCGGAGCAGCUGCUGAGGCGGCUGGAGAAUGCCGAUGGCGGCCUGGACAGCGCGGAGCUGGCAGCUCAGCUGGGCGUGGAGCACCAGGCGGUCGUGGGCGCCGUGAAGAGCCUGCAGGCAUUGGGCGAGGUCAUCGAGGCCGCCCUUCGCUCCACCAAGCACUGGGAGCUGACAGCCGAGGGCGAGGAGAUCGCCCGGGAGGGCAGCCACGAGGCCCGGGUGUUCCGCAGCGUCCCCUCGGAGGGGCUGGCCCAGAGCGAGCUCAUGCGGCUGCCCAGUGGUAAGGUGGGUUUUAGCAAGGCCAUGUCCAACAAGUGGAUCCGCGUGGACAAGAGCGCGGCGGACGGGCCCCGCGUGUUCCGAGUGGUGGACAGCGUGGAGGACGAGGUGCAGCGGCGACUGCAGCUGGUGCAGAGGGGGCAGGCGGAGAAGCUGGGCGAGAAGGAGAGGAGUGAGCUCAGGAAGAGGAAGCUGCUGACGGAAGUGACCCUGAAGACCUACUGGGUGAGCAAAGGCAGCGCCUUCAGCACCAGCGUCUCCAAGCAGGAGACGGAGCUGAGCCCAGAGAUGAUCGCCAGCGGCUCCUGGCGGGACCUGCCCUUCAAGCCCUACAACUUCCUGGCCCGCGGCAUCCUGCCGGACAGCGGCCACCUGCACCCCUUGCUCAAAGUCCGCUCCCAGUUCCGCCAGAUCUUCCUGGAGAUGGGGUUCACCGAGAUGCCCACCGACAACUUCAUCGAGAGCUCCUUCUGGAACUUUGAUGCCCUCUUCCAGCCCCAGCAGCACCCUGCCCGCGACCAGCAUGACACCUUCUUCCUGCGAGAUCCUGCCGAGGCCCUCCAGUUGCCCAUGGACUAUGUGCAGCGGGUGAAACGCACGCACUCCCAGGGCGGCUAUGGCUCGCAGGGGUACAAGUACAACUGGAAGUUGGAGGAGGCCCAGAAGAACCUGCUGCGGACGCACACGACGGCGGCCAGCGCCCGCGCCCUGUACCGCCUAGCGCGGAAGAAGCCCUUCACCCCGGCCAAGUACUUCUCCAUCGACCGCGUGUUCCGCAACGAGACCCUGGACGCCACGCACUUGGCCGAAUUCCACCAGAUCGAGGGCGUGGUGGCUGACCACGGGCUCCACCUGGGCCACCUCAUGGGCGUCCUGCGGGAGUUCUUCACCAAACUGGGAAUCACCCAGCUCCGCUUCAAGCCGGCCUACAACCCCUACACGGAGCCUAGCAUGGAGGUGUUCAGCUACCACCAGGGCCUGAAGAAGUGGGUGGAAGUCGGGAACUCCGGAAUCUUCCGGCCGGAGAUGCUGCUGCCCAUGGGCCUCCCGGAGAACGUAUCGGUCAUCGCCUGGGGCCUCUCCCUGGAACGCCCGACGAUGAUCAAGUACGGCAUCAACAACAUCCGCGAGCUGGUGGGCCACAAGGUGAACCUGCAGAUGGUGUACGACAGCCCGCUGUGCCGCCUGGAUGCCGAGCCGGGGCCCCCGAGGACCCAGGAGGCCGCCUGACGCGGGCCCACCCAGCCCCUGUGGCUCUGGAACUCCCGGCCCCUGGCCCCUGUGUUUAUGAGGCCUCCGUGAGGCCAGCACCACCCCCUCCCGCCCUCUCCACCCCCCGGACCUCCUCCUCCACACCCAUCCCGGGGCUGGGAUGGGGGGGGCAGAGAGCAGGUGGCUCCUUCUCCCGUCCAGGAUGGGCCGUCUGGGGCGCCCCUCAGGGUUACCACUGCCUCCUAAUAAAAGCGGACGUUAGCUCUGUGUCUUUCCUUAGCGGUGGGGGUCCCCUGGAGUGAGCAGUGGUUCAGCUUGGGGGCGUGGGUCUUGGCUCUGUGGCAGAGCACAGGGAAAGCCCAGCCCCACCCCAGCGCAUGGCAUCAGGCUGUGGUGGCCGCUGAGGCCCCAGGAACCAGCAUUCCUCCUGCCUGCAGACACUGAGGUUGUGAGAGAAGAAUCCAACAAGGGAGCUGGCAUUGUGGCCCCGCGGCCUAAGCCGCAGCUUGCAAAGCCCACAUCCUAUAGCCACGUGCAGACUGGAAUGCCAGGUUGGAGUCGCGGCUGCUCCACUUUCGCUUGGCUUCCUGCUGCGUGCCCCUGGGAGGGCAGCAGAUGAUGGCCCCAAGUGUUCGGGUCACUGCGGGGUAGACCCACAUGGAGUCAGCUCCUGGCUCCAGCAUGGCCCACACCUGGUAGUCGGGGAGUGGCAGCAGAUGCAGGAUCUCUCCCUUUCUGUCACUCUUCCAAA